UUAAUCUUACAGUUUCAUGUAAUUGGAGCUUGUGGUGACACGCAUGUUUAACAAAGUUUGUUAUAGAGUUUUCCGUGCUAUGUCACUGCAGACGUUGGAGUAGCUAUCCAUUAUGGCGACUCUGUCUCGGCAGGAAGUAAAACUGUACACUGAGUUCUUCCAACAGGUAGAUGAAACUGACGGUGACGGGAACGGCCGCCUGUCUCUAGAGAACUGUGAAAAGCUGCUGGACAAAUGUGGCCACAGAAUUCCUCGGGACGUCAUACAGACAUUUGUCAACCCAGGCGGAGACGGAAGUUGGACGCUGACUCUGGAGGAGUUCCUUGCAGCCAUGUCGGAGGUGGUGCCACCCGACUCGCCUCACUCCAAGGCGGCUGAGUUGCGGCGAUUGUUCCGUGCCUACGAUCUGAACAAAGACGGGUACGUGUCGUUCUACGAGUUGAAGAACACGAUGCGUGGAUCGGUAACGGAAGAUGAACUCCGGGACUUCAUCAAAGAUUGGGAUAAAGAUGGCGACUGGAAACUGAGCUUCGAGGAAUUCAUCAACAUGUACGUUGCGCCGAUGCCGUCUGACAACAACGAUGAUGUUACGGCCAGUGCGGAGUCGAAGCCCAGUAACAUGUAACUUAAAGACUUAUCCUAUCAUGUCGGUCGUGUCGAGCAAACAGAGCAGAAAUAGAAACUUAAUUAAAGAUUGAUCGCCGGCCCACAUAGAAAAAGAAAAAGGAAUCCACACUCGAAAAUAUACCCUCCACAAACCCCCAAAAUAUAAGUACAAAAAUACAUACAGAAAAAUAGAAACUAAACAAACAAACAAACAAACAAACAAACAAACAAACAAACAAACAAACAAACAAACAAACAACAACAACAAAACGAAAAAUACCCAAAACAUAACCAACACAAAAAACAAAACAAAACAAUAAUGUGAAACUAACAAAACUGAGAACCUUUCGGGGAACGUGACCCUUUCAGAAACGACCAAUAACUGCAUUGGUUGAAUUGAGGAGUGUUGGGUUUCGUUCGUCGUAACGCAAUCUCUGUUAGUUCUCAGUUAGGCUAUCAUUUAAAGGUUAAUUCUGUAAAGCUGACAAUUCAAUGUUUAGUGAUGUGAAAUAAACUGGUUAUGAAUGAG